CUCCACGCUCGCGACAAUGGCUGAAGAAUCCCAUCCGGCAUACCUCUCGCCCAGCGAGCUGGGCACGAAAGACUACUGGGAAUCCUACUACGCCCGCACGCUAGCCCACAUCUCGCACGAAGCUCCCAGCAAUGACCCCAAUGCCAAUGGCAAGUCAGACCAAAAUGAUGACGAUGCCGCAUCCACCACUUCCGACCUAAAUGAAGAAGACGACCCUGGCACAUCCUGGUUCUCUGAACAUAACGCCCCGCAAAAAGUCCUUCACUUCCUCACGCACAAGUCCUUCCCGUUGUCGCCGCGCAAUACAGCGCACAAGAAAGGCUCCCGCCAGCCAAGUGUUCUAGAUCUUGGUACUGGGAAUGGAAGCAUGCUUGCGCUGCUUAGGAAGAGGGGUGGGUAUGCGGGGCGUCUUGUUGGCGUUGAUUACUCGCGCCAGAGUGUUGAGCUUGCGAGGGAGUUGCAGCGUGUGAGAGGACAUUCGGCUUAUCGGAGUGACUCUGAGGAUGAGGAUGAAUCUGAUGAUGAAGACGAAUCAGAGGCUGAGGCUGGGGCUGAGGCUGAAACAGAGACAGAGGCUGGAUCCAAUGACUUGCCGGAACAAGAAACAUCCAUCCAGUUCGAGGAGUGGGAUAUCCUCGGCUCUAAGGCUCUUCUUUCUGAGACGGGUCUCGAGGUAUCACCCUCUUCUCCCUCUGAGGAAACACUCCCCUGGUUCCCCUAUCAUGAAGGCGGCUUCGACAUCGUGCUCGACAAGGGGACGUUCGAUGCCGUUUCGUUAGCCGAUGACGCAAAGACAACCCGUGUCUGUGAGAGAUACCCGGAUAUUGCGCGGCGUUUAGUGCGGCGCGGUGGGUUCCUGAUUGUUACGACCUGCAACUGGACUGAGGAAGAGCUGGUACAUUGGUUCACUGGUGAUCGGACGAGUGGGGAUCGGUUGGCAGUUUGGGGCCGUGUUGAGUAUCCUCGGUUCCGGUUUGGAGGACACGAGGGACAGGGUGUUUGUACGGUGUGUUUUCAAAGACUUGGGGAUGCUUGA